CUGCCUUAAAACAAGAAAUCAAUCGAUAACGUUUAGAGGGAAAUGGAGUGAAGAGAGAUGCGGAGGAUAAGAAGAUGAGGGGUUGUGCAAUUGUAACCGGUUUCACACUUGCUCCCCUCUACAAGCCUACUACUACUUCUUCGCUCUUCCAGUUCCCAACUUGGUCCUUUUCUACUCCGAUUUUCAUACUACCAAAAAGAACCAACAGGAACAGGUCUUUGUCUCAAUUGAAGAGGCGUAAUUUUUAUGGGAAUGCGUGUGACGAAAGUUUCGGUUGUGGUUGUGUACCAUCAUCUUCUCCUCAAGCAGAAGAUGGCUUUGAUGUUGAUGACAACUGUUUUAUAGUUGUGAAUUUCUACCAUUUUGUCUUCAUCAAAGACCCAGAAGACGAGGUCUCCAAACACCUCUCAUUCUUGCAGGGUCUUGACAUACAUGGUCGAAUAUAUCUGAAUGAGCAAGGGAUUAAUGCACAGUACAGUGGGCCAUCAAAAGAUUCUCUUGCAUAUGUUAAAUGGUUAAGAGAAGACCACAGAUUUUCUGAUGUAUUGGUUCAGAUUUCUCCAGCUUUAGAUGGGCAUGCUUUCCCAAAGUUGAAGCUGCGGUAUAAGCCCUCACUUGUACAGUUGGAAGGAGGGAUUUCACAUCUUCCUUUACUUGAUCCCUCGAUGCGAGCAACGCCACUUACACCGUCUCAAUGGAGGAAUAAAUUGGAAACGUUGAAUAUAAUUGAUGAAACAUCAAAAGCAAACCUCAAUACGAAGUAUGUCCUAUUGGAUGUGAGAAAUGGUUAUGAAUGGGAUAUUGGUCACUUUCAUGGGGCUCAACGACCGGAUGUGGACUGCUUUAGGAGCACAUCAUUUGGGCUAUCCCAAUCAGAGGUCAUUACUCCAGAUCCUUUACACAGUGUUGAUAAAGAGAGAACAACUAUAUUGAUGUACUGCACAGGAGGCAUCCGUUGCGAUGUAUAUUCUUCGAUCCUCAGACAAAGGGGCUUCAAAAACUUGUACACCUUGAUCGGAGGUGUUUCUCAUUAUCUCAAGAAUGAAGGCCCAGUAGAAUGGGUUGGAAAUCUGUUUGUCUUCGACUCUCGUCUCUCUCUACCACCUUCCACUUUCAAGCCUGAAGUAAUGACCAAAUCAAGCAGCAUGCUAGUUGUUUCCAGGGAUACCUCAUUUGCUAGAUGCUACAUAUGUGGUUCACAACUUUCUGAAUUGAGGCACCGUAACUGUGCAAAUAUUGACUGCAACCUGCUUUUCUUAUGCUGUAAAGACUGCACGAACGAUCUAAGAGGAUGUUGUUGUGUGAAAUGCACGGCUGCCUCUCGACUUAGGCCAGUGCUACCAGGGCAUCAGAGAUACAAAAAAUGGUAUUAUUAUCAAGAACUGGAGUUGCAAAGCAGAUGACAGCUUAGUCAGGCAUUGUUUUCCUGAGUUUGGAAGUGGGUAUUCUUCUGGCAUUACAAACCCAAACUAUUUCUUCAGUGAGGAUCCAUCAGUUGUGGAAGCCAUCAAUGGGCGUUUAUUACUGGAAGAUUGUAAUUUAUAUUACGGGACAGUACAUUCAUUAUUUAUCCAUUUAAGGUUCGUUUCGGCUUGUAUUUUCUUCAGAAUAUGCCACCGAUUGAGGCUUCAAUGUCUCCUAUCAUUUUCUGCAUGUCUCUUUUGCUUUUCAAAAACUCUUUUUUGGCUCACACAGUGCAUGUGAUUGCAAAGGCUGACCCCCUCAAGUGCGUCAUGUCAAGACCUGUUCUUUCUGGGUGGCUUCCAAGGUGGUCGAUUCUGUUCAACGAGUUUGAAAUCUUGUAUAGUUCACGAAAAGCAAUCAAAGGACAAGCCCGUGUUUUAGUUUUGA